GCUAAAGUUGCGAAUGCCCCUCCAUCGUAUGUAAAUGCGACGCUCAGGGUUCAACGAAAAGCAUAUCACCGCCAUAAAAGUUCCUACAAGAUGGCGUCGACAGAAGCAGGACCGUCGCCGGAAACCCAACAGCUCCAGUUUGAGCAGGGUGUAGCUAUCUCGCUACACCUAUGGCUCUCCCUAACAGUCGCGGUGCAAAACGGACUAGGCGGUUCCGACUCCGAGGACAAGCGCGACUGGUUCGCCGGUGCGAUCGUCGACAUGUUCCCCAGCUUCGUCGACCUCGCCAAGCCGCGCAAGCCUAGUCAGAAACCCCCCGCUGAGCCUGACGCUGAGGAUGUUGAAGCCACCCUGCUGCAGGUAAUGUGGGACGAGUUCGAGACGAAUGUCGACGAUGACUCCGAGGUUGAGGUGGCCGAGCGCAUCGUCAAGGUCCGCACUCAAUGCGCCGCCGGAGAUUUCGAAUUCAUCGAGGAAUUAAGGCGCAGAUGGCUGGCUACGAAGGGCAAAACAGUCAAGGUUCAGGAGGUGGAUGCCGAAGAUCAGGAGACCGACUGGGAGAGCGAGGACGACGAGGAUGAUGACGAUGACGAUGUUGAAAUGGAUGAAGCGCCUGCUCUAGUUGCAGCGCCUAAGGAGAAGACGCCUCCAGAGGUAGACGAGGACGGCUUUACAAAAGUUACACGAAAGAAGCGCUGAGCACAAUCAUGCCAUGUCAAAUUUUGAACUGCAGACUCUAGGUGAGUAGAGUUGCAGGUAAUGGCACAGCAAGUUCGAGAGGAAGUAUGCUUGAAAUGAUAUAAACAGAGCAGGCGAGGCGG